AGAGAGUAGGCUAUCUUUUCAUAGCACUUACUUUAAUCCGUUUGUUUAGGCCACUGGAUUUCCGCCCGUAAUUAAUUUUCCUGAAGGUUGUUACUUACAGGCCAAGAUGACUAGUAGUAGCCAUAGCAGUGAUUCCCAGCGAUCUGGUGUAGCAUCCACUCAGGUCAGUUUUGUCUGUCAGAAAUGUUGCCAACCUCUUAAGCUUGACCAGUCAUUCAGCUCAGUGGAUAGCCAAACCCUCACUGAUCUUACCGCUCCUCUCAUUGCUGGAGGAGGGAGUUCAGGAAAGGCCACACCCCUUCUCCAGAGCACAGACAGCAGUGAACCGUUUGAUGUCAACAGAGAUGAUGGGGUAGCUCGCAAAGUGGUAGCACCAAGGUUGUCAUCACAUGAUAGUGGUCAAGAUUUCACUCUCCUUGGGGAAACAGCCAGCAGUAGAAUGGAAAGUCUUAGCCAUAGAGUCAAGGUUGCCAGCCAAUUAUUUGAUGUCAUGUCAGGCCAGUCAGAUAUUGAUCAUCCAUUGUGUGAGGAGUGCACAGAUUCGUUGUUAGAUCAGCUUGAUCAACAGUUGAAGAUCACAGAGGAUGAAUGCAAACACUACAGAGAAUCAUUAGAGAAACUGACUGAAGCAGAAGGUCGUGGAGAGAGCAAUGAAGAUCUAGAAAAGGAGCUAUGUAAGCUUGAAGGAGAAGAAGGGGAAAUGAUCAAUGAGCUAGAAGGCAUUGAACAAGAGAGAAAAGAUAUUCAGGAGGAGAUGAAAAAACAACACAAUGAACUAGAAGAAUUGAAAUUAGAAGAAGAAAGGUACUGGCAGGAGUAUAACGAGUACAAGCGUCAACUGCUUGAGUUUCAGGAAGAGCAGAGAAGUGUAGAUAAUCAGUUGAAAUACACACAGACACAACUAGAGAGACUCAACAAGACUAAUGUCUUCAACUCAACAUUCCAUAUAUGGCAUAAUGGUCACUUUGGAACAAUCAAUGGAUUCCGGUUAGGUCGUCUUCCUAGUGUAGCUGUUGAAUGGAGUGAGAUCAACGCAGCUUGGGGUCAGACGGUCCUUCUACUUCAUUCACUCGCUAGAAAGAUGAACUUCACGUUCAAAAGAUAUCGUCUGGUUCCAUAUGGCAACCAUUCACACCUGGAAUCUCUUACAGAUAAAUCCAAACAGCUCCCUCUACAUGGUUCAGGAGGAUUCAGAUUCUUCUGGGAUACAAAGUUUGACCAAUCCAUGGUGGCAUUCUUGGAUUGUUUACAGCAGCUUGAAGAGGAAGUAGAGAGAGGAGAUUCUAGCUUCUGUCUCCCAUACAAAAUGACCAAUGGUAAACUAGAGGAUACAGCCGCCGGUCAGACGUACUCUAUAAAGAUCCAAUUCAACUCAGAAGAGCAGUGGACCAAAGCUUUGAAGUUCAUGCUGACAAACCUGAAGUGGGCCCUCGCUUGGGUGUCGUCACAAUUUACCAAAUGAUGGACAUAUAUUUUGCACCCCAAGGUUUAGUCCUUGGUCUCUUUGUUACAUUUGUUAGUCUUUAUACCAUAUUACACUGGUAUUGUUCAUUCUUCAUAUCUCUCUCUCUCUCUCCCUCUCUCUCUCUCUCUCCUCUUCUCUCUUUCUCUCUCUCUCUUUCUCUCUACCCCCCCCCCCCCUUUAUGUAAAACCUUGCCAUUCAUGUUCAAUGUAUGUAAAGCUAUAUAUCUAUGUAUCUUCUCAAUAAAUUCCAGUACGCAAUUUAUGAUUUCAAAGCUUCAUAGUAGUAUUGCACACGUUUUGUAUAAUGAAAUGUUGGAAAUUUCACUUUUGCGUCUCAAUUCUUCCAUUAUAACACAGUAAACUAUUCAUUUCAAAUUGAAGAAAACUAGAGAAUACAAAGAAAUUGUUAUCUUUGUUUUCAAAUAUUGUCUUAGGAUGUGCAAUGGUGUGCGAUCUCCAUGUUCAUAUUACAGAGGCAGAAAUAUUAAUACUCGAUUGAAUGUUGUAAUGAAGGUGUCACCGCUGUGUGCCAGCCUCCAGCCAUCGCAUCACACAUUAUAAAUCUAAUGUUUGUUUCAAGUUGUGAGCUUCAUAUUAUAACAUAGCAAAAUGCAAGAUAUAUAUGCACGAGUAACAAGAUUGCCUUGCCAAAAGGAUAAGCACUUAAUUAUUUACAUAUAUGCGAAGUUUUAUUGCUCACAAAACUGAAGGUCAUACAGUAUGUUGGUGUUCAUUAGUUUCUUUUCCUAAUUGAAUCUAAAAUCAGGGCCUGUCUUACAAAGAGUUGAUAUUAAUCGCAACAUAACUAUGUACAUAAGAGAUAAGAGAUUGCAAACUUGCGAUUGAUUUGGAUCAAUCGCAUCUCUUUGUAAGACGGGGCCCAGUGUCAGUGAUACUACUGCUUGAAUGUGAAAAGGACAUAUGAAUUUAUUUUGGGAUGUGCCUGCACAUGAAAUUAAUUUGACCGCAAUUAAAGCCCCACUGUACUACUUAUAGCUACUUGCGCCCUCUAUAUAGCAAACAAUGCCUAAUCAGUGCCUGUUGGUCCCCCAUGAUCCCACAAUUUGAUGAGAUAACCACCUGUCAGUGACCUUGCAGGGUGGUCUAAUCCCCCCAGCCAAACUAGUCCAGACAGGCUUUAAGAUCUCCUCAAACUCUCCUUAAACUCUCCUUAUCUGUAAAUGAUAUAAACUCUCAAAUUGUAUUUGUUCAUUCCGUCUGGUGUCAGUUUCCUUGGUGUGACAGAGGUAUAACAUUGAGCUAUGCUCCAGGAUUGCCUAGCCAACAACAGAGUGCAUGUACAGUAUAUACAUGCAUUGUGGCUUGGAUUGUGUGCAAGUGUGACUUCAUUAAAGUUAAUUUGUGUAUAGACUUGUUCGGAUAUGACACAAACAAAACCAUAGCAGUUUCUACAAUGUCAAGUGUAAUGAGCUUCAAAUUUCUGAAAUUCAAUGAAUAUGUGCAUGUUUUUAAAAGAAGUAGCUGCUUUUUUGCGGCAGUUUACCAUGCCAUAUCUGAACAAGCCUAAAUCCACCAAUAAUAAAGACAAGACUUAGGUUUAUCUCUAUACAUUCUAUGUAAAUUUAUGAAAUGUAAAUAGAAUAAAAGAUGCAAUACGAUUAUCAAAUCUCUCUUUUGUCCACACUUUAUUCUUGCUGUAUAUUCGUAUAAUAUUAGCAUGCAAAUCAUGAUAAUUUGUAC